AUCUGGCGCAGAGCGGAGGAGGUGCUUGCUCCUGCUCACACUCCCGCUCCUCCCCGCUCCUCCCCUCUCCCUGCGGCCUCCCGGAGGUCGGCCCUAUUCUUGUGGCUUGCAUAAAAUGUGGAUGACGCCUAAGAGGACCAAAAUGGAAGUCGACGAGUCUCGGUUUUUCCGGCCCGAGUGGACCCAGCGUUACUUGGUGGUGGAGCCUCCGGAGGGCCAAGGGGCCCUGUGCCUGGUCUGUCGCCACCUCGUCGUAGCCACCCGCGAACGCGACGUCAGGCGCCACUACGAGGCCGAGCACGACUACUACCAGCGGUAUGUGGCGGAGGGCGAGCGCGCGGCCCUGGUGGAGCGUCUGCAGCAGGGCGAUGUGCCCGUGAUCGCCCCGCUCACUCCCGAGGAGAGAGCUGCUCGUGCAGGCCUCGGGCUCGCCCGCCUCUUGGCCUUGAAGGGUCGCGGCUGGGGUGAGGGGGACUUUGUGUUCCAGUGCAUGGAGGUGAUGCUGAGGGAUGUGCUGCCUGAGCGCGUAAGCGUUCUGGAUGGCGUCGAUCUCUCUCCGGAGGUCAUGCGACAGAGGAUCCUCAACAUUAGCAAGGAUCUACGCAGUCAGCUUUUUAAACGAGCCAAGGACUUUAAAGCCUAUUCCCUUGCCUUGGACGACCAGGCCUUUGUGGCCUAUGAAAACUACCUCCUGGUCUUUGUCCGCGGCGUGGGCGACGACUUGGAGGUGGAGGAAGAGCUUCUGACCAUCAUCAACCUGACUCGUCACUUCAGCGUUGGGGCCCUGAUGGCGGCAAUCCUCGAGGCCUUGCAGACAGCAGGGCUUAGCUUGCAGCGAAUGGUGGGCCUGACCACGACCCACACUCUGAGGAUGAUCGGUGAGAAUUCGGGACUAGUGUCAUACAUGAGAGAGAAGGCUGUAAGCCCCAACUGUUGGAAUGUUAUCCAUUAUUCGGGAUUUCUGCACUUGGAACUGUUGAGCUCCUACGAUGUAGACGUUAAUCAGAUCAUAAAUACUAUAUCUGAAUGGAUCGUUUUGAUUAAGACCAGAGGCGUGAGGCGCCCCGAAUUUCAGGCUUUACUCACCGAAUCGGAAUCCGAGCAUGGUGAGAGGGUUAACGGACGAUGUCUGAACAAUUGGCUUAGAAGAGGGAAAACCUUAAAACUAAUCUUUUCCCUGAGAAAAGAGAUAGAAGCCUUCUUGGUUUCGAUAGGGGCAACAACUGUCCAUUUCACAGACAAGCAGUGGCUUUGUGACUUUGGCUUCCUGGUGGAUAUUAUGGACCAUCUGCGAGAACUCAGUGAACUACUGAGGGUUAGUCAAGUCUUUGCGGCCGCUGCCUUCGACCAUAUCUGUACCUUUGAAGUCAAGCUGAGUUUACUGCAGAGACACAUGGAAGAAAAAAAUCUAACACACUUUGUUGCCUUCAGAGAAGUUGUCGAUGAGCUUAAACAGCAUCUUAAAGAAGAUCAAAAAAUAUUUGAUCCUGAUAGGUACCAAGUGGUGAUCUGUCGCCUACAAAAAGAAUUUGAGAGACAUUUCAAGGACCUCAGAUUCAUUAAAAAGGACCUAGAACUUUUUGCAAAUCCUUUUAAUUUUAAGCCCGAAUAUGCACCUAUUUCAGUAAGAGUGGAGUUAACAAAACUGCAGGCAAAUACUAACCUUUGGAAUGAAUACAGAGUCAAAGACUUGGGGCAGUUCUAUGCCGGCUUGUCUGCUGAAUCUUACCCAAUCAUCAAAGGGGUCGCCUGUAAGGUGGCAUCUUUGUUUGAUAGCAAUGAAAUCUGCGAAAAGGCUUUUUCGUAUUUGACUCAAAACCAACACACUUUGAGCAAGCCAUUGACAGAUGAGCAUCUCCACGCCCUGUUUAGGAUUGCCACAACUGAAUUAGAGCCGCGUUGGGAUCACCUUGUGAGAGGAAGAAAUGAGCCCAACCCAGAGGCCUUGGUAGUCCAACAUUGAGACACUCAGAGAGAAUCUAACUCUAAAAGCAAACAGUUGUCCGAUUUUUCAAGUUAACUAAUUUGGAUUGUGGCAGAGCACCAAGUUUAUUCAUCCAAAUUGAUCACGAUUCAGAUUCUUUUGACAUAGUUUUUGUUUUUUGUUUUUCAUCUUUCAUCUCAAGAGGCAGCAUGGGACUGAGACAUGCAAACACGUUUUUUUUAAUUUAAUGACAACAUCAUUGUCUUUUAUGAUAUAAUUGUUUUUAAAGAAAUUCAGUACUGAUAAUGUGAGUUGAAUUAGAAGUCUGUUUUUCUGGUGUUUUGAAGAAAUUUUAGCUCUUAUUUUUAACAAAGUGUUAAAAUGUUGAUGCAUAUGAUCUGAAGUUAUCAACUCCGUAAAUGUACGUUUGAGCCAGUUUGCAGAAACUCAUAGCAGGUUCAGAAGUUUCUGUAAAGGAACGACGUACAUACAGUGGAGGUAUUUUGUCUAAAUAUCAAAAUAUUUGAGACUUUUUUUUAAACAUUUUUCUGAGUCUGAAGUAAAUAUUGACAUUUCCUCCUCAACUCCCCCACCCACCCACCCCA